AUGGCAUUGAAUCCUUCUGACAAGAAGAGUGCAGGCUUGCUUGCAGGAGUUGAGCCUGGUGAUGUAAUGCAGAAGGGCAUCGACAUUUAUGCACCUGACUUGACCAUUGAGGACUUGUGGGGUAGUGCAAGUCCUCCCACAGGCGCAGCAUUGUUGGAUAGAGUUCUUCUCUUCUAUGGAGAUGGGACGCGCAAUGUCCCAUGGUUUUUCGAAGCUCCUGACGGACAACAACGACGGUGCAUUGAGCGAAGUCCAUUGAGCCGCGAAUUGCAAGAGGCUACAGUGCUGGCAUACCGUGACAGGAUUGUCAAGGAAUCAAUCAGUCAGGUCGCAGCAGGCCGCUGGGCUGGAACGUGGAAUCACAGAGCAGAAGCUGUGUAUCGUGCAGCCCAAGAGUUUGCUUCUCACGAGAAUGUGGCGCUAGUGCUGAAGAGGGGCCUUGUCCAUGUGAAAUUCGCGCAUUGGCGGAUACCAUCAAAAGUCUGGCAGCGAUUUAUAGUCACUCACAACAGCUUCCAUCAAGGCUCUGGCCAGAACUUUCAAGAGUAUUUGGAGGACGCCUUGAAUUGUGAGUCCGAGUGGGAAAGACAUGUGUCCAAGACUGGGAUGCACUCCUCCAACCCCAAGUACAGGCAGACAUAUCGCGAUUUUCAGCGCUGUGUGCUCACACUUUGCCUGCUGCAAGGUCUUUUCUUCAGAGACUGGGACCCAUACCGCAAGGCUUUGUCCCUGGCGCACAUGUUGCAGAACCGCUACCAGAUCUGGUUGGAGUGCAAGUCCUUCUGGAACAAGCAUGUGGACUACAUCUCGAAUGAAACAACCAUGGAACCCUUGGCUGUGAUCAACGCGAUGCAUUCCCUUGCGCUGCUGCUUGUAGGCAACCUUUCCAAAUUCUACGAGGGUCCCAUUAUUGGAAUCUUCCUCAAACACGCCUUGCGUCAUUGCGUUCCUAAAGCCACAAACAAUUCCUCUGGAGAACGGCUUCCAGGAUGGAAUUUCAAGAGUGCUGAACAUGAUGCCAGCAAAAUGAACUUGCUAAACCUCCCUAUGAGUGACAGCGCAGUUGUGAAGAAGCUGACUGUUGCCCCGACAAGGGAUGCUGGCAAGGGAAGUGGUCAUGAGGGAGAGAAUGGUGGUCAGGGUGUUCAGGCUGCUCCCUUUGCUUCCUCUUCAACUUCUUUGAAAAAGAGGGCGAUUCCACCCAAGAUUGAGGAGGAACUUCGGAAAUUGGGCAUUGACCCGGGCAUUCUUGGCAAAGGGUAUGAUUGCGGUGACAAUGAUGAAAUGAAGACCAAGAAGGCAAAGACCGAGCAUGAUCAGGUGGAUGAAUCAAUGCUGGAUGAUGAAGGUGCCGCAGGACAGCAAGGCAGUCGGGAUGUGGUUGUCUGA